GGGGUUCGGGGUUCUGGGCCUGGCAUGGCGUCGGGGCCGGCCAUGUCGGGGCCGCAGGAGGUGACUUCCCCGCCGCAGUUGGAGGAGCUGCUCCGCCGCAGGGACAAGUCUCUGGUGGUGAUCCAUUUCUGGGCCCCGUGGGCCCCGCAGUGCGCGCCCAUGAACGACGUCAUGGCGGAGCUGGCCAAGGAGCACCCGCAGGCCGCCUUCGCCAAGCUGGAAGCCGAGGCCGUCCCCGAAGUGUCGGAAAAAUACGAAAUCAGCUCCGUGCCGACGUUUCUGUUUUUCAAGGACUCUCGGCGCGUGGACCGGCUGGACGGCGCCCACGCCCCGGAACUGACCAGGAAGGUCCGGCGGCACCUGACGUCGGCCGCCCCCCUCCUCCCGCCCGGGGCCGCCGGCCACGGGGAGGACCUGGCCGCCCGGCUGAAGAGACUGAUCCACGCGGCCCCCUGCAUGCUCUUCAUGAAGGGGUCCCCCCAGGAGCCCCGCUGCGGCUUCAGCAGGCAGAUGGUGGAGAUCCUGACCCGGCACAACAUCCAGUACGGCAGUUUCGACAUCUUCUCGGACGAAGAAGUUCGCCAGGGGCUGAAGGCCUACUCCAACUGGCCCACUUAUCCCCAGCUCUACGUGGCCGGAGAGCUCGUGGGAGGCCUCGACAUCGUCAAGGAACUCGAAGCCUCUCAGGAACUAGAAACCAUUUGCCCGAAGGUCCCGUCGUUAGAGAAGAGGCUUCAAGAACUCACGAAUAAAGCUUCCGUGAUGCUCUUCAUGAAGGGAAACAAACAGAUGGCCAAAUGCGGAUUCAGCAAGCAGAUUCUAGAAAUUCUGAACGACAGCGGUGUGGAGUAUGAGACCUUUGAUAUAUUAGAGGAUGAAGAGGUGAGGCAAGGAUUAAAAACCUACUCAAACUGGCCAACGUACCCUCAGUUAUAUGUGAAAGGUGAGCUCGUCGGAGGAUUGGAUAUCGUUAAGGAACUGAAAGAAACUGGAGAAUUGCUAUCUACGCUAAAAGGGGAAAAUUAGUGCACGUUAUUGAUGAAACCUAAAAGUCACCAGAAAAGUUGAAUAGACGUGGAACGAUACAUGAUUUAGUUCCAGGGAGUGGACAAGAAGUAGAAAAAGGAUUCAGAAUCUGCUCGGCUUACUUCACGGAAUUGUGCUUAAAUUAAAUUUCUUCCCCCCCCCCCCCCCCCCCCCCCCCCCCCCCCCCC